AAGCCCUUCCCUCCACCGGCGGUGCCCGGCCCGGGGCUGACGCAGGACCUGCCCUCCAUCAAUAUUUGCUCUGGUGCCAGCAGGGAAGGCUCGCAGCUCUCCCUCAGGAGCUCCAGCCUCACACGUCCCCGCAGACGGUGCCGGAGCCCCGCGCAGCAUGAGGGACCGGCUGGCGGAGCUGCAGCAGCGAGUGGCGGCCGAGGGGGACCCGCACGACGACUCCCUGCGCUUCGACAACCCCGCGUUCGUCGGGGACGACGCCAGCCCCGUGGGCCGGGCGCUGCGGGAGGCGGCCGAGCUGUGGCGGGCGCUGGAGCGGCUGGAGCAGCUCUCGGAGAGCAUCGACAGGACGCAGCAGUCGGUGCUGUGCUGCACCUCGGAGGAGAGCAUCGCCCGCGAGAAGAGCGGCCUCGGCGCAGCCCGGGCCGCCUUCGCCCGCCAGGCCGCGGCCCUGCAGCCCCGGCUGGGAGCGCCGCCGGCGGCCCCGGUCGGGGGCUCGGGGCGAGCGGGGCCCCGCGUCCGCCAGACCCAGCUGUGGCUGCUGCUGCGCCGCUACGGCGCCGUCCUCGCCCGCCACUACGCCCGGGAAAGCUGCUACCGGCACCGGCUCAAGGAGCAGAUCCAGAGGCAGGCGGAGCUGGCGGGCAUCAACCUGGGCGCCCAGGACGUGGAUCUGCUGGCCGAGAGCCCCCAGGGGCCUCGCAUCGUCGGCCGCGACCUGGAGGAGCUCAAGGCCAAGCAUCACCUGGGCCUGGCCCAGGCGCGGCAGCGGCAGCUGCUGGAGCUGGAGGCGCAGCUGGUGGAGCUGCGCGGGCUGUUCGUGCAGCUGGAGGGGCUGCUGGCCCAGCAGCAGGGCGCUGCCGACAGCGUGGAGCAGCACGUCCUGCGCACCCUCGACUACGCGGCCCAGACGGGCGGCGGGGUGAAGAGAGCCGCCAAAUACCAGCGGCCGUCGCGGCGCUCGGCCCUGCUGAGGGCGGCUCUCGGCCUCUGCUCCUGCUGCCCCUGCCUGCCCUGCCCCGGCCGGGGCCUGCGCUGAGCCGGGGCUGAGGGGGCAUUGCAGCCGCGCUCGGGGAUUCACCCCGCGCCGGGCGAGAAACCGUGUCUGGUGGGAGGGAGAACGUCCUGUGCUCCUGGAACAGCGGGGCAGGGGACGUGGACACCUUGUAUGAUGGUGCGAGGACCGUAUGUGUCUUCUAAAAUGGUAUGAGGGCCAUGCAUGCCUUCCUUGAUGGCUCAGAGACCAUGCACGACUUGCUCAGGGAUGCAGGGUCCAUGCACACCUCACAUGGCAGCAUGGAGAUGACACACACCAUUCCUGAUGGCACAGGGACUGUGCACACCUUGGAUGGCAGCACAGGGACCAGUUGCACCUUGCACAGAGAUGGAAUAACCAUUCAUACCUCACCUGGAAGCAGGAGGACCAGGAACCUCUUGCAUGGUGGCACAAGGACUGCCAGCACCUUUCCUGAUGGCACAGGGACCCUGCACACCUUGUGUGGAGCACAGGGACCAGGCACACUUUGUGCAUUUAUGUGAGGACAAUGCACACCUUAUAUAAUAAUGCAAAGAUCAUGCACACCUUGCUCGAUGGCACAGGGACCUUGCAGAUCUUGAUGGCAUCAUGGGGACCAUGCACCUCCAUUACAGCAUCCAGCCAAGAAAAGCACUUUUAACACUCUAAAACCUGACUUCAGAACUGUCACAUUUCUUGGUUUCGUUACUGUUUCAAGGAGAGAGGGCAAAAAGCCUGUUGAAGUUUUUGGCAGGUCUGUGGUUACAUGUGAGGGGACCCAAUGGCUUGGUGCCACCAAGGAGGAGCAUGAAGGCUCCUCCACCACACCCCAAUCCUGAUUCUCCCCACUCCCUCCAUUUUCACUCCCUUGGGGUUAUUUGGUGCAUUCAUGUUGUAUUUUGGUCGUUGCUGCUUUGUCAGGCAGUGGGUCAGCUUUGGGCUGGGUGUUCCUCAUGCCUCAUCCCGUGCUUUGACACCAGGAGAGGAUUUGCACAAUUGUUCUGGGAAUGUGCAGGCUUUUACUUCAGCCUGCACAUUGCCAUGCCAGCCAACAUCCCACACAUGCUGGAAAUGCUGGAAACUUAGAGUGGCCCUUUUAUUUGGCCCCCAGAUCACCGCAUGAAUUUCCCAAAACCUCUCAAAUUAAAGCCUGGGGCCUGGUUAAGCUUUUUGAGACCCUUUGUGGAAGGUCCCUCUGUGUCCUGGUAGUUCCUGGCAGCUCAUCCCAGUGCUCUCAGCCACCGUUACAUUUAUUUUCAUCUUCUGGCUGAGCUUUAAUAAAACAAUUUCUCAAUAA